AUGAACAUUGACACAUUGUACAAAGCCUUUAAGGCAGUACUUGCUAGCCGCGAGGUUACUCGCCUUCAAGUGGCAACAUCCCUAUGGCAGGUUGAGUGUGCAGAGCAUAUGACAGCCUUAAAUCAGGCACUCCACCAGGAGAACAGAGCCCGCCUCAACACGAAGGAUGAGCAGCUGAAGAAGAUCAGAAAUUUCUUUUCUGAGCCCCGUCGUGCAGAAACUGAUGAUGACACAAAUUACCCUCAAGCUGUCUAUGACGAUGAGUGCGAAAUGCUUCGUGCCAUCACUGCCCAAGCAGACUUGGUCUCAAGAUGCCUGGGUUCAGGUGCCAGGCAUGAAUUACUGGCAUCUACCGGCAAGGGCCCCUACCUACCUCGUUUUGUUGGUACUCUUAAAAAUAGGGACAGCAUUACACAUGCGCUGGGGGGUGGUUGUACGGACGCUGGUACUGAUAUGGACUCUGAUUCCAAUUCCGAUUCCAAACAUGGAGAAGAUGAUGAUGAUCACAGCGGGCAGCCAGGCCAGCAGUGCUCGUCCGGCAUGCAGUUGUGA